UUACUUUCUGAGAGUGACUAUUUUAUAGCGAAGUUUUUUCCUUCAUUGUAUAAGGCGUGAAUAUCCUCAAAAUUACCACACACACAAAUCUCAAAAUGUCCGGACUUGACACGUACAAGACGCCCCUCGAUGGCAGAUAUGCCAGCGAGGAGGCCAAGAAGCUGUUCUCCCAGCGCAACCGUCACUCCACCUGGAGACAGCUCUGGCUUUGGUUGGCCGAGAGCGAGAAGGAGCUUGGCAUCGACGGAAUCUCUGAAGAGGCUUUGGAGCAAAUGAGAGCUCACCUGACAUUGACCGAUGAGGACUUCAAGGUGGCUGCCGUUGAGGAGAAGAGACGUCGUCAUGACGUGAUGGCUCACGUUCACGCUUUCGGCCAAGUUGCGCCCGCCGCUGCCGGCAUUAUUCACCUUGGGGCAACGAGCUGCUUCGUCACUGAUAACGCAGAGCUCAUCCUGAUGAGAAAUGCUAUGGACCUUCUCUUGCCCAAGCUGGCUAAGGUCAUUCACAACCUCUCCCAGUUCGCUCUUCAGCACAAGGAGCUCGCAACUCUGGGAUUCACCCAUUACCAGGCCGCACAACUCAUUACCGUGGGACGCCGCGCCGCACAAUGGAUCCAGGACUUGUGCAUGGACUUGAAGAACAUCGAGACCGCGCGCGAGCGUUUGGCCUUCCGCGGUGCGAUGGGCACCACCGGAACCCAAGCUUCCUUCAUGGAGAUCUUCCAGGGUGACGGUGCCAAGAUCGACAAGCUCAACGACCUUCUCUGUGAGAAGGCUGGCUUCCCCAAGACUUACGACAUCUCAACCCAGACAUACACCCGCAAGACCGAUCUCGACGUCAGCAACGCCAUUUGCGGCUUGGGCGCGACUGCCAUGCACAUCACCAAUGACAUUCGUCACCUCGCCCACUCCAAGGAGAUGGAAGAGCCUUUUGAGAAGGACCAAAUCGGUUCUUCAGCAAUGGCGUACAAGAGAAACCCCAUGCGCAGCGAGCGUAUCUGCUCUCUCGGACGCAAGCUGCGUUCUUUGCCUACCAACUUCGCGGACACGUACGCGGACCAGUGGUUUGAGCGCACGCUCGACGACUCUGCUAUUCGAAGAAUAGAUAUCCCCGAGAUGUUCCUCUUGGCCGAUGCCAUCCUUCUCGGACUCGACAACGUCACGUCCGGUCUGGUCAUCUACCCCGAGGUCAUCCGCGCCCACGUGAUGGAAGAGCUCCCCUUCAUGGCAACCGAGAAUAUCAUCAUGAAGAUCGUCGCCAAGGGCGGCUCGCGCCAAGAAGCCCACGAGGAGAUCCGCGUCCUGUCCCACCAGGCCGCCGACGUCGUCAAGAAGCAGGGCGGCAAGAACGACCUCAUCGAGCGCAUCAAGGCCACCGAGUACUUCAAGCCCGUCUGGGACUCCAUCGACCAGCUGCUGGACCCCAACCUGUUCACCGGCCGUUCCGCGACCAUGGUCCAGCGCUACUGCGGCGAGGGCGGUCCCGUCCAGGAGCAGAUCAAGCCCUACGCUGAGUACAUCAAGAACACCGGCGCUGCCGAGCUCAACGUCUAAGCUGAGGCGGGCUGUGUCAUUGUAGUAGGUUUCCUUGGAAGGUGACCAUGGCUGGCAAUCAAGUCGGCUCUGAGUUUGGGGUUCGCUUGUUUUAGGUUGAUAUGAGAGGGGAUGGAAAAAAAGCGCUUUGGUGGUCUGGCUGUUCAUACGGCUGCCGCACGUGCUACCAAAAAUCGUUUAUGAUUGUGUCUCGCAGGAGAAAAAAAAGGAAAAUAUAGACUGGGAUUUAC